AUGUUGGGUGUGAAGCGACGCCUGGCCAAGUCUGCUUCAGCCAAGCCACUGGACGACACUCGGGCUUUAAAGAAGCUCAGGCUCUGUGAAGAUGGCCGGGUAAAGGGUGGCAAAUUCCGACGUAUUAAUGAGUUGUUGUACACGUUGCCUAGCGACGAAGCCUUGCACCAGCUGAAGGCGGAGCGCAGCCUCAACCAUGCCACUCACUAUCAUGAAGGGUACGAUGAGCAAAUGACCAAAUGGCCUUGCCAUCCUCUAGACAAGAUCUUGCCUGCUGUGAAGCGCAAGAUCGAGACGGAAAACGCAAGGGUCAUCUUGGAUAUCGGUUGCGGUAGUUGCCGAGUGCACCGAGAGCUGAGUACAAUGACGGGCGGUCAGGCGAGCGGUCAGACGGAGAUGGGUUUGGAACGAAAGGGGGCCGUGGUUAUAGCGGUGGACUUUGCGGCGCCUGUGGGUCGCGGUCUUCCUCCGAAGCGGGCUACUGCGGAGGAGUAUAUAAAACGCGGCGGGUUUCUGGAAUGUUCAGCGGCCCAUGUUGCCUUGCCGGACGACUGUGCAGAUGUCGCUAUAUUCUCGCUCUCUUUGAUGGGCACGGACUGGCCCACGUUCAUCGGAGAAGCGGUUCGUCUGGUAAAGAAGAAGGGGUCUGUGUUCAUCGCUGAAGUCUCAUCACGAUUCAAACAACCUGGCAAAUUCAUUCGAGAAUUGAACCGCUGCGGCUUAGUCCUAGUCAAACAACAAGAUCUUGACUCCUACUUCUCUAUCAUGACAUUCCGGGUACAGGACAAAUCCAAAUUCGACCAACAACUCAUCUCUGCCGAUGGUCUCAAGCCCUGCCUCUACAACAGAACCAAAGCACAUAAAACCGACAAAGACUCACCAAGCGACACGCGAAGCAAUGGUCACAUGCACAAAGAGAAGCACCCUCCCGUCAACACUGGUCAGACAUACGGCAAAUGGAAACCAAACAGCACCGCAGCAGACCGAACCGGACGCAAUUGA